GAUAUAAUUUGGGGUGUGGGCCAGCCUGUCAGUUGUCUGUGCCUUUGGAGAGCCUGGCGGGCUGGCCCACCUGCUCACACCAGCACUGUGCCCAUGUACGGGGUGGGUCGGGGUGGUGGUAUAUUCUGGGUUCGCAGGGGCAUCACCAAGACAAGAUGCAGCAGCCGCAUCCUGAAAUGGCCCCAGGGAUCUGGGGCCCGGUGACUGCUCUUGUCCUAUCUGCUCUGCCUUCUCAGCCCUGCUGUCUUCCCCUCCCCCAUUUGUGACCUCAUGUUAUUCUAGAAUGAGUUCCUUGCUGGACCCCUUUUCCUUCUGGACCCUGCUCCAUAACGGGGCUGGGGGCUGCAGGUGGGGAUGGAAUGCGCUGGCAGCAGAUAUGGGUCCUGGAUGGAGAGAGAUGCCGCCUCAGGUGGCCAGGAAUGGAUGCCAGCCUAACCAAGGGUGUCCUUCAACCACGAACAGCUUGAUCUAGAACAGUGGUUCUCAACCUUCUGGCCCUUUAAAUACAGUUCCUCAUGUUGUGACCCAACCAUAAAAUUAUUUUCGUUGCUGCUUCAUAACUGUCAUGUUGCUACUGUUAUGAAUCGUAAUAUAAAUAUCUGUUACGCAGGAUGGUCUUAGGCGACCCCUGUGAAAGGGUCGUUCGACCGCCAAAGGGGUCGCGACCCACAGGUUGAGAACCGCUGAUCUAGAAACCUCUGCCUGCUGGGAACCACUGGAUAGCAGAGGAGAGAAACCAAAGGCUGGAAGAUAAGAAGGACUGAGUUGCAGAAUGGGUCACAAGUAGAAGACAGAAGGGACUCAGAGUUGGGGAAGCUGCCCUUCCACUGACCUUGGGGAUAACCGUCAGGGUGGGAGACAGAACCUGGGCCUCAGACAAUGCCUGCCGGGGUCGACAUGAGGGAUGCUGUAGCCUUCUCCCCCCCGCCCCCCCCCCCCAGCCAAUGAACCUCAUAAUGGGGUUCAUUGCUGAGGCGGGAGGGGUAUCCUAGGAAGGGUGCAGCGGUGGGCCGGCCUGCCAGACACCCACAGGGAGCCUGCCCUUUCAAGCAUGAAACAUACCACCCGGGCUCCCCCUGUCCCAGUGCACUCUUAGCUCUGCCUGCCUGGCUAGGGUCCUGGAGAACUUCUUGGAGCUCAUCCAGCAACCAUCAUGCAAGGUGGUGCUGGGGACGGUCCUCUUAAUCGGAGGUGGAAGCCUCAUGCUGUGGCUUCGGAAGAGGAGUAGGAGGAGGAAGAUAGCCUCUGUGUCGCCACAAGAGGAGCAUGAGCCACAAGAAUGCCACAAAGCGCAGAAUGAGAACUGGAUCAAAUCUCACUUUAGCCGCCUUUCCGACGAGAAGCUGGCCCCCGGCAGCGCCCCCGCCCCCCAGCCUGAGACUGUCAACCGAGAGGCCGGCACCACGGUUCACAUGGAGAACCCCGCCUCAAGGGAGCCCUUCGCCAACAAGCAGAAGGUGCCUGCGUACUCAGUGGUCAGAGAGACCCACAAGGAGUCCUCAUCCACAGAUGAGGCCACGUGGGCCGCCGUGGCUGCUAGUACUAAGGAGCUUGACACCAAGGGACGCCAGCUGGCCAACUCCAUGCUGCAGCGGGCCAUGGUGUACCGGAACUCAGGCCACCUGGAGUCCAAGGACCUCAACCAAGAGGAGCUGAAGGCCCUCCAGGAGGUGGAGAUAAAGCUGAAGAGCAAUUUCCUCGCGCAGCGGGAAACCACUGUCGCUGGUAUGAACCACACACACACCUUCCAUGGCCAUGGUCACCAUGGCCACCAGGACCAUCCAAGCCACCCAAACCACCACCAGAGCCACAGCCUGCCCAGCCGCAGCCAUCAGACCUAUCAGCCCUUCGAAGCCAUCUGACCUCGGAUGGAGAAGCCCCUCCCCCCAACAGGGCUGGCAUACAAUCACAGGCCUGUGUUCUCUCCCGUGGGACAGCCUCUGUGGCCCAGAGUGAGAUGCGGUCAUCCCA